AUGCGCGUCGACCAAGAUUGGUUUGCCAGCCGUGGUUACGUUCAAACUUCUUGGCCUCUACCACCACCACUCUUUUCCAGCGGGAUGAGUGCGGGCAAUAUUGCCGAUUCGUCUGCGAUAACUUCUACGACUUCAUCUUCUACUACGUCUACUACGUAUACAACGUCUACAGCCUCAGUUACUAGGACUAUAUCCACAAGAUUCGCUAGCAGCUCUAGCAGUAGCUUUCCUACCAUUCUUACAGAACCGCCUUCAACUUACAGUAGCACUCUCUCUGGAAACCUCUACACCGUAUCCGCCGGCAACAGGCCGGUCAUAGCGACCUUGCAGACCUCCGAUAUCACCUACUGUGCACCAGCUACCGUCUCUUGGGAAGGUGGAAAUGGCCCAUGGACCAUCCGACUCGCAGCCGUCGACUCGGACCAAAGUUGGUUGUCCCCCCCCAACUGGGUCUCGAACUCGACAACUUCACAACAUUCUAUUACAGUCUUCAAUAACAUUGCACCCAAGUAUUUACUUGUAGAUAUCACGGAUUACUACAACACCAGCUUUUCCAAAGCAUUGCCUGUUUCGGGUGCGAAUGGUCCAUGUCUUGUGGGAAACGGAUCCGUGGCCGAUUCGUCGACAUCAAGUACAGGAUGGAAGUCGCCCCUGACACCUGGUGCCGUGGCCGGGAUUGUCUUGGGUUGCAUCGUCGGAGUAGCGAUUCUGUGUCCCCUUCUAUGGAGAUGGAUAUUGGCAUCAAGACGCCCACGGCCACCACGCGCUCUCGUCGUUCCCUAUGAGCAACGUGACCUUGCAGGGGACCGACGCAGCGUCCGAAGCGGUCAGACAUCUCGAUGGAGUACCUUUACCGGCCAGACCGCUGCCCAACCGGGCAAUGCGCUACACACGGAUAUUCAAGGCAUGGAAGAAGGCCGCACGCCCAUUAGCGCGCCCACAAUGAAGCGCGCCAAAGGUCAAGCAACCCAACCUCCCGUCUCGGCUUCCCUCCAGUCGCUUCCCACUCCAUCAGCGCCCGAAAGCGAAACUCCGUCUGCAUCGGAUGAGCUGGAUCAAUUGGGUCCGGGUACAGAAAUGACAGAAUCAUCGCCCUCGAUGAUACGAGACCGGUCUUCCAUCUAUGACCAAACGCACUCGGGAACUGGUUCGAUGAGAUCGCCAUUUGAUGAUGAUCAGUCAGCAGUGACACUCUCAGUAGGUCAGAAUCCAGACGAAAAGACGGCGACCCCCCUCAAGGCAAUGUGGCCACCGCGAGAACGACUGGCGGACGCUAUUGCGGCGAUAAGAAACGGAGAUCACUCUCCGUUAUCUGCACAACCUGCAAACGGUGGCGAAGCAUCUCCUCUUUCGACCCGCGAUUUGGAAACGCUGGCCGACUUGGUCGCGGCCCGUCUCACGCAGAGAGCAGGGUCGUCGACGGGCAGAACACGCUCGUCGAAUGGCAGUGAACUGCCGCCAAGGUAUUCGUAA